UACUUUUUUAGUUGCACAACCGCUAGUGAGUGAGAAGGUGCACAAAUUGCAACGACUUGCAUUCUCCGACCAAGUGAAACGGUACCUACAAAAGCAAGAAAUAUAUUAUAUUAAGGCAAUUAUUAGUUUGCCUUUAAAGUAUAGUCAAUCGCAUAAUAACAGUUAAAAAGAGUUGCCGGAAAAAUGACAUCACGCUUUUAUAAAUUCGGUGUGACUGCCUUGAGUGCUUGUGUGGGCUCACUUGCUGCCACUUGGGUUUGUACAGACAGAAAGAACUCUCCAUAUGUGGUUCAUAAUGAUACUGUACGGGCGCCGAAGAGAAAGCGUACUCUACCUCCACGCUCUGAGCAAAUGAAGAGUAUUCAAAGCGGUGAAGAAUACGAUGUUUUAAUUAUUGGUGGAGGUGCAACAGGGGCUGGUUGUGCACUGGACGCUGUUACCAGAGGUUUGAAAACCGCUCUGGUGGAAGCGGACGACUUUGCUAGCGGAACUUCUUCUCGGUCUACGAAACUUAUUCAUGGAGGUGUUCGUUAUUUGCAAAAGGCUAUACUUGGGCUAGACUUUGAACAGUAUAGAAUGGUAAAAGAAGCGCUUCAAGAACGAGCAUCUAUGCUUGAAUCAGCACCACAUCUUGCUCAUCCUUUACCAAUAAUGUUGCCUGUAUAUCAGUGGUGGCAAGUGCCCUACUAUUGGGUAGGUAUCAAGUGUUAUGAUAUCGUUGCUGGUGAUAGAAACGUGAAAAGCUCAUACUAUCUCACAAAGAAUGAUGCGUUGGAGCUAUUUCCUAUGCUAAAAAAAGAUAAACUUUGCGGCGCUUUAGUGUACUAUGAUGGCCAGCAAGAUGAUGCGAGAAUGUGUUUAGCGGUGGCUCUUACCGCUGCAAGACAUGGAGCGACUGUUUGCAAUCAUGUGGAAGUUAAAGAAUUGUUAAAAAAAGACGAAAAUGGAAAACAAGUGUUGUGUGGAGCAAAAGUCAAAGAUAACAUUUCAGGAAAAGAAUUCACAGUAAAAGCUAAGUGUAUUAUUAACGCAACUGGACCAUUUACCGAUUUUAUACGUAAAAUGGAUGAUCCCAACGUAAAGACCAUUUGCUGUCCAAGCUCAGGUGUGCAUAUUGUGCUUCCUGGUUAUUAUAGUCCAGAUCAAAUGGGGCUCCUAGAUCCUUCCACAUCAGAUGGGCGUGUCAUUUUCUUCUUGCCUUGGCAGAGGCAAACUAUCGCUGGUACCACAGAUCUGCCUUGUGACAUUACUCACAAUCCAAGCCCGACUGAAGACGAAAUUCAGUUUAUCUUAAGUGAAAUUAAAAAUUACUUAAAUACGGACGUUGAGGUUCGACGUGGUGAUGUGUUGUCGGCUUGGAGUGGUAUUAGACCGCUUGUAUCGGACCCAAAUAAAGAAGACACGCAAUCCUUGGCUAGAAAUCACAUUGUGCAUGUGAGUCCUUCGAAUUUGGUUACAAUCGCUGGUGGAAAGUGGACUACAUAUAGAGCUAUGGCAGAACACACAAUUGAUGCGGCGAUCAAAGCUUGCAACUUAAAGCCUGAACGUCCGGAAGCCGUAACAUCUUACUUGAAAAUCGAAGGCGGACAAGGUUGGACACCUACAAUGUAUAUUCGUUUAGUACAAGAUUUUGGUCUAGAAUGUGAAGUCGCACAACAUUUGGCAAAAUCUUAUGGUGACAGGGCGUUUGCUGUUUCGAAAAUGGCGUCACUGACAGGCAAGCGUUGGCCCAUCAUCGGAAACCGCGUACAUCCAGAGUUUCCCUACAUUGAUGCUGAAAUACGAUAUGGCGUUCGUGAGUACGCUUGCACGGCAGUGGAUAUGAUUGCUCGGCGACUACGUUUGGCAUUUUUAAAUGUGCAAGCAGCGUCAGAAGCCCUGCCGGUUAUUGUUGACUUAAUGGGUGAGGAACUGCAUUGGUCUAAGGACGAGAAAGAGAAACAAUUGAAACACGCCAACGAAUUCUUAGCUCAUGAAAUGGGUCAGAUGGUAAAUAGAACAUCAAAGGAAAGAAUACCAAUAAAACUAUCCAAAGACGAAAUUCAAACCUACGUUAAACGAUUUCAACUUAUUGAUAAAGAUAAAAAAGGCUACGUGUCAAUCAAUGAUAUUCGCCGAGCUCUUAAGACUUUCGGAGAUGGCGAUGUUUCUGGAGAACAACUUCACGAGAUACUUAGAGAAAUCGAUACUAAUAUGAAUGGACAAGUUGAACUUGAUGAAUAUUUGCAGAUGAUGUCGGCCAUAAAGACUGGAGAUGUGGCAUACUCUCGCUUUGCUAGAAUGGCGGAAUUGGAAGAACAAAAACAUGAGGCUGCUCAACUUAAGCAAAAAAUCAGUGUUGAUCGCUCAGGAGGUGGAUUAUAAGCGAUAUUUACUUUGGUUGAACUUUUUUGAAAAAUUACAUAUAUUUAUUAUUUAAUUGUUAAUCGAAAGAAAUAUUUACUUGUAAAUAUACAUAUGUAUGUAUAUGUUUCUUAAAGAAAAGACGAUAAUACUUAAACAAACUCAUUAUAACUUAGGGUGAAGUUUCUACUAAUUGGUAUUUUUGGAGUCUACAACCAAAAAAUCUCAAAACUAAACUGUCAAGAAAAUUGGCUUGUGUCGCAAUGGGCUGAAUGUACAUAUGUAAAAAAGCGAAAAAAGAGUUGCACCUUUUCAAAAUUGUCAGAAAUAAAAGUUUUUUACAUUUCACAUGGUUUAGUUUACACGCUGAACACUUGAAUUGUUCUGGAGAAGAACCCAGCGAAACUGCGGAGUUGAAAUGGAAGAGGAAAAGUUAGCUCUUAUUUAAUAAAUACUACUUUCAAGUUUAA